GUUCAUUGAGAAGGGUCUAAGCGCCGAGUACAGGCGUAAUAUUAUUACGUGCAUUUAAUAAUAAACAAUGAGUGAAAAUCAAGUAAACAACCCAAAGCGACGUGCCCCAGGGUCUGAAAAUAAAAAGAAUGAAAUGAAACGACUGAAAUAUAGUGGUCUGGCAUAUCACAAUCGAAGUAACAAGGAUAUUGCUGCUAAGAAGGCGCCAAGUUUUGAGGUAUUUUGUAAAUGUAAAUAUGAGUGCAGAAAAUUGCCCUAUGAGCAAAAAAUAUUUUUAUUUGAAGAUUAUUAUAAAAUAGCUAAUCAUGUGAAGCAAAAAUCUUAUCUGUUGGGACUCAUACAAAUUGGCAGUGUAAAAAGAAGACGUCACGGAAAAUAUGAAUCUGCAGAACAAAGUCGUCGACAAGCUACUGCAUGGUACACGGUUCCAAACGGAAAUGGCCAGCAUGUGCAGUUUCUACAAGACGAUGAUAACCCCGAAAUAAAUAUUGAAGACUUACAAGAACUAGAGGAAUUUCUCAUCCCUGAAGUUCCUGAUAACCCUAACAAAAUACAAAUAAUUUCAGAUAUCCAAAUUGUACCCCCUCAGCCAAGUGAUGACAGUAUUACAGUCCAUACAGCAGUAGAAAACCCCAUAUUAGAGAUACCCUUCACUGAAUAUGUUACUAACAAAUUUUCUAAUCAGAUAAUUAUAGAACAGAAAUCAUCCUAUCGAUAUCAUAGUGUAAGGACUAAGCCCUUCGAAAAUGUUAAUAAGAUACAGUUACAGCUUAGCGAUAACAUAGAGGAAGAAAUCAUAAAGUUUUUCAAAGACUAUGUUGAUCCAAACAAAGUAUAUUGUAUUUUUGUCAAAGGUUCAGAAAUUGAAGAUUUAAAUAUCCAGAUUAGCAAAAUACUACCAUUGUAUUUCAAAAACCACGCAUAUAAACUUUAUUUUUCCAAUCAGCUUGUUAGAGAUAUUUCAGACAAAGACAGACAAAAAGAAUUAAUCUCUCAUCAUCAUGAAACAAAGACUUGUCACAGAGGAAUUAACGAAACGUUACUUUCCCUUAAAAAACUAUACUACUGGAAGAAUAUGUAA